AUGCUUACAUUGAGUUUGUGCCGCAAAUAUCAAUGGUCGGACAGUCCCAGUACGGCAUAUAUUAUAGCCGUUGCCAUACAAACAAUCACAAGACUAGCGCUUUGUUUUGUGUUUUUCGUUCACCGAUUGUCCGGUAUUACGACCAGUGGUUGGAUUUGGUUAUACCUAUUACUGGACACUAUUUUAAGGGGUCUAUCAGUGGCUACAUAUGCUACACAAGAUAUGUUACAAAACUAUGAAUUCAUACUCUAUUGUAUAAACUUUGCGCUAACUGUUUGUCUAUUAAUCUACUGUACAUUUGCCGAUCAAUUACCACCAGAAAAUAGUAACAAUUAUACCAACACUGACUCCGACUUAUUGACUAAACAUACUGUUUGUCCCAAAUCGGGCGCAUCCUAUGCAUCGCGCAUAACCUAUCAGUGGGUAAAUCGGCUACUAAUAAAAGGUUGGCUAAACAAGUCACUAGUAUUUGACGAUCUAUGGGCACUGCGCCGGGAGGACAGUACUGACUAUAACUAUAGACGCUUUUUAAAACAAUGUUUAAUGAUACAGUUUAUUGAAGAUCCCGGUGCUCCCCAAUGGCACGGCUAUGUCUAUACUAUACUAUUGUUGGCCAUCAAUGUUAUCGCUGCCAUUGUUCAGGCAAUGUUUAGCGAGUAUAUCGGUGUCAUAUGUUUACGUAUUAAAUCGUGUCUAACAUCAGCCGUCUAUCGCAAGUCACUAGUGCUGAGCAAUAGUGCCAAACGGCGCACACCUACCGGUGAAAUAGUCAACAUUAUGGCCAUUGAUUGCCAACGAAUUAGCGCUGUCUAUCUGUUAUACCUACAGUUAGGUGUAGCCGUAUUUGCCGGCCUAUCCUAUAUGUUGAUAACGCUAAUCAUCAAUGUUUCAAUCGGUUUAUAUACUGUACUAUUGACUAAACAAUUGAUGUCAAUCAAAGACAAACGUCAAAACUUGAUGAACCAAAUUCUCAACGGAAUUAAAGUUUUAAAAUUGUAUGCCUGGGAGGAGCCGUUUAUGGGUUUAGUUGAAAAAAUUAGGACAAAAGAGUUGAACAAAUUUAUUACGUUUGGCCUAUCGAUUACCGUUUAUGUUGUAUUAAGCCUUACCUGUCCAGUAAUCGUCCAAUUGAUUACCUAUUGUACGUAUGUGGCCAUCAAUAAGGGUGACCAACUCAACCAAUUGAAUGCAUCCAAAAUAUUUGUAUCGCAAUCAUUGUUUAAUAUGAUCAGACAAAUAAUGUUUUCAUUGCCACAAUCGUUUAAUGCAAUUACCUUGAAUAAUCAACCGAUUUUACAUAAUAUUAAUUUAAAAGUUAUUGACGGCCAGUUUGUGGCAAUAGUAGGCAGUGUCGGGUCCGGUAAGAGUUCAAUGAUGUCGGCACUGUUUGGCGAUAUGGAUCUGAUAAGUCACGGUAAAGGUAGAGUCAAUAUAAGGUCGGGUAUUAGUGUAGCUUAUGUACCACAACAGGCCUGGAUAUUGAACAGUACGGUCAAAGAGAAUAUAUUGUUUGGUAAACCCAUGAAUCGGGAACUGUAUGACCGGGUGCUCGACACGUGUGCACUUAGACAGGACUUACUACAGCUGUCCGACGGCGACGAGACAGAGAUCGGCGAAAAGGGAGUGAAUCUGAGUGGCGGUCAAAAACAAAGAAUAAGUUUAGCCCGAGCUGUCUAUUCCGGUGCCGAUCUAUACCUACUCGACGAUCCAUUGUCUGCAGUGGACAGUCAUGUGGGCAAACAUAUUGUCAAUAAAGUACUCGAUUCGAGAACUGGUAUUCUCAACAAUAAAACCCGUUUAUUAGUAACAAAUCAAUUGUUUGUAUUACCCGAUGUCGACCUAAUUGUUGUCAUAAAAGACGGCAUAAUUACAAGUGUCGGUACUUAUGAUAAUCUACUGGAAAAUGAUUUAAUAUAUAUGAAAUAUGCCAAACAGUUAGGUCCGUACUGUUCAAUGGGUUUCCUAUUGUCAAUAAUCACAUACAAUGCCCUACUGUUUGGUUCAUCGUUUUGGUUAUCAAUAUUUAGCAACAAUAUUAACAUCAACACCAGUAGCCAAAAAUUAUCGGCUUAUACUACUACUACUACUACUACUACUACUACUACUACUAACGACGACUACUAUUAUUUGGCCAUUUUUAGUGCAUUUAUCGGCAGUAUAAUUGUUACAACAUUGGCCAGCCGUUUGUUUAUUGUCUACGGUAUACGUCGGGCCUCCACUCGUCUACACCGGCAACUGUUGUCGAGUGUAAUGCAUUCACCGAUGAAUUACUUCGAUAGGACACCAAUCGGCCGACUGAUGAACCGAUUUGGUAACGACACCGAUGUAUUGGAUCGAUCGCUUCUCUAUACUAUCAAUUUAACUACCGAUGCAUUCAUGCAAUUGAUUGGUAUAAUUAUAACGAUAUCUAUAAAGACACCAUUGUUUUUGGCACCACUGGCACUGGUAGCUGUUAUUUACUAUAUAAUACAAUUUAUUUUCAUUAAAACUUCACGACAAUUAAAACGAUUAGAGUCGACCACCCGAUCGCCAAUUUACUCACAUUUUGGUCAAACACUGGCCGGUGUGUCCAGCAUUAGGGCCUACGGCUGUACCGAUCGGUUUGUAAGGGAAUCCGAUAGACGAGUGGACAUCAAUCAGAUGUGUCUCUAUCCUAAUGUUGUAGCAAACAGUUGGCUACAGAUUUGGUUGACAUCACUCAGCAAUUGUUUGCUAUUUUUUGCCGCACUGUUUGCCGUACUGGGGAAAGGCAGUCUAACCGGCAGCGAUAUAGGACUAUCCCUAUCCUAUGCAAUGUCGUUAACAUUAAUGUUAGAUUAUUUUAUCAAAUCGUUUUCACAGUUGGAAAACAAUAUGGUUUCAGUCGAACGUAUUGACGAAUACUGUCGAUUGGAAAGUGAAUCCGAUUGGCAUCGAUGUGAUGAUGACUACCCGUUAGCCGAUAACUGGCCCGAUAGGGGAUCCGUUAGGUUUGAGAGUUAUGGCACCAGAUAUAGGAUUGGAUUGGAUUUGGUACUCAAUGAUAUUGAUGUGGAUAUUAAACCGGGCGAAAAGAUAGGAAUUGUUGGCCGAACCGGUGCUGGAAAGUCAUCGCUAACUUUGGCACUGUUUAGGCUUAUUGAGCCAGCAAUGGGUCGGAUAGUUAUCGAUGGCAUAGAUAUCGGACGGUUAGGUCUACACGAGUUGCGCUCUCGGCUAACAAUUAUACCUCAAGAACCCAUACUAUUUUCGGGUACAAUUCGCUCUAAUUUGGAUCCGUUUGGCCAGUUUUCCGACGAUCACUUGUGGACAGUGUUAGAUCAGUCGCAUCUCAAAGAGUUUGUUGCCGCCAGUGAUCGGGGACUCGACUGGUCGGUCGCCGAAUCGGGCGAUAACAUGAGUGUUGGUCAACGACAGCUCAUAUGUCUGGCACGGGCUCUGUUACGUAACACUCGUGUUCUUAUCCUCGAUGAGGCCACGGCUGCCGUCGACGUCGAAACCGAUGCACUCAUACAGCAAACCAUACGUCAAGAGUUUAGGUCGUCGACUGUCCUAACGAUUGCCCACCGAAUCAAUACAAUUAUGGAUUCCGAUCGGGUGUUAGUCCUCGACAACGGACGGGUAGCCGAGUUUGCCGAACCCAACAGUUUGCUGGCAAACAAAUUGUCAAUUUUUUAUACACUGGCCAGUGAUGCCGGUAUUGUUUGA